AUGAGGAAGCGUAGCAGGCAGACUGAGGAUAUGGUUGAAAUGGACAUGGUAUCACCUAUGAGAAGCAUGAUGAAACGUAGAAGGCAGACAGAGGAUAUCAUGGAAACGGACGUGGUAUCACCUCAUAUUAGCGAAACGCUCUUGGUUUCUCAACCACAAUGCUGUAAACAAACUGACUGUGGAUCAAGUAACUCUGCUGGUUGUCCAUUUCAAGCUCUUGGCGAGCACUUGACCGGAGUGAAAUUGUCAACAAAUAAUAAAGACAAACGAAUCUGCAUUGUUGCCUCCCAUCCAUCAAGUGGUUUAUCAUUCACCUUAACUUGGGUAAAUAACUACGUUGAUGAAGAAGUUGCUGCUGUACAAGGCUGA